GCCCAAGGCGGUGCAACAACGCUCGACAACGCGCAGCUGCUGCACGCCCUGUGCAACCGGCAGCGCGGUCAGAAGCCCAUGAGCGCAGCACCGGCUGCGGCGGCACAGGCUGCCGGAGGCAGGGCGGCCGGCGAGGGGCGUGAGGAGGCUGCGGCUGCACAGGCUGCGGCUGCAGCAGAGGCUGCGGCGGCAGAGGCUGCGGCGGCAGAGGCUGCGGCGGCACAGGCUGUGGCGGCGGAAAGGACGGCGGCGGCACCGGCCAAGCUGGUAAAGGCUGCGGCGGCACAGGCUGCGGCGGAAAGGGCAGCGGCAGCACAGGCGGCGUCACAGGCUGCGGCGGAAAGGGCUGCGGCGUCACAUGCUGCGGUGGCAAGGGCUGCGGCGGCACAGGCUGCAGAGCACGAGGCGUCAGAGUUGAGAAAGGAUGAGAUAGUCAAGGGGAUGGUGCUGCGGCAGGAGCUAAAGGGUACGACAUGGGUGCAGUGGGGGCUGCUGGCGGCGGCGGCGGCGGGCGUGGUGCUGGUACUCGUGGCGCGGUAAUGCAGCUUGGGCCUUGCCGGCGGGACGUAGGUGGUGUGCUGUGCCACAUGAGGUGUUACGCGAGUAGACGAAGGAUGCGCGGUGAACGAGGGUUGAGUGCGUGCGAGCAUGAGUGUGGGCAUUUCGCGAAAAUCAGCCCCCC